CUCGCUGACCGCGCCGCUGGUGAGACGCAGAAGGUCCGCGCUUCCCCAUCCACAGCAUCCACGCAGCAGAACUGGCGACCAUGGCAGGCAACAAGAAAGCCCAGGAGGCGGCAGCCGAGGACCUGGGGGCGCUGCUGGACGCGGAGGACGGCGCGACGGUGACGCUGGUGGCGGGGCGGACGCGGCUGGUGGUGCACCGGGCCGUCCUCGCAGCCAGGAGCCCCGUCUUCGAAGCCAUGUUCCGCCACGACACGCUGGAGGCCAGCAGCGGCGUGGUGAGCAUCGCGGACGUGGAGGGCCCGGCGCUGAGGCAGCUGGUGGCCUACGUGUACACGCUGCGGGCCCCCAGCGCGCCCGGCACGGCUGGGCAGCUGCUAGCGGCCGCCGACAAGUACGGCCUGCUGGAGCUGAAGGCCCACUGCGAGCGGCAGCUGUCCGCCGAGCUGGCCGUGGAGAGCGCGGCGGCCACGGCGGUGCUCGCCGUCAGGCACUGCUGCCCCAGACUCACCGAAGUGGCGGUCGCCUUUGUCGAGGCCAACUCCCAGGUCUUGGCCACACAGGGCUGGGCUGACGCGGUGCGCAGCCACCCUAAAGAUGUUGUCGAAGUGAGUCGGCUGAUUGCUGCGACUUCAGCGAGAUCCAGACAAUCUCUCAGCAGCACUGCUACCUCCUGGCUCCCACACGAAAACGCCCGCUCACACAGUGCCUUUCUGUGCAGUGCGGCAGCCACUAAUAGGAGGAGCCACAACCCGGGCCCGCAGCCAAACAGCGACCGCGGCGGAACUCCUGCCACAGCUGCGCUGCCCGUGACUUCCCGUAACACUCCUCCGUCUAAUGACGCCACCGCCUCUCGCAUGUGGAGUCUUUCUGGAGAGGAGAAAGCCAGGAGGCUGAAGCAGGCAGCUAAGUCGGGAUCAGUGCAUGAACUGCGAGCGUUGCUGUCUGCGGGUGCAGAUGUGGAUGCGGGGGACAGACGUGGGUGGACAGCCCUGUACUGUGCGGCACUGGAGGGACACGUGGAGGCUGUGAGGAGUCUGUUGGAAGGUGGUGCAGACGUGGUUGCCAGAGACAAGUGGCAGAGCACGCCUCUGCACUGUGCCGCCUGCUGGGGCCAUUCGACUGUGGUGUGGCUUCUUCUGGCAGCCUCGGCAGACCCUAACGCAAGGGAUCAGUGGCGGCAAACUCCGCUGCACUGGGCAGCGAUGAAUGGCCAUGCAGAGUCAGUAGCCGAGCUGCUCGAGGCGGGAGCCGACAAAGAGGCUAGGGAUGAGGAGGGGAACACCCCCGUGGACCUUGCCAGGCUGUUCGGCAAGCAGCAGGUCGUCGAGAUGCUGAAGUAAUGUUAACAUAAUGUUAGUAAAACAAAUAAAAUUUGGUACAAGACUUUUUAUAAUUUUUAAAGUAAAGAGUAUAAACAAUUAAUACCUUUGUCACUCAUUUGCCGCACACCAUUACCAAGUACAUAUAACUGCUCUAGUAACUUCUCAACAAGCACGACAACAAGAGAUACCCGUAAACUAAUGUAAGCAAACUUCCUUUUGAGGAAACAAUUAAAAUAAUUUUCUUGAGCAAAUAUUGUAAAAGUCAACAAUAAUUCUAAAAUACUUCCUUCAUUACCAAUAAACACCAGUUUUGUGCCUAAAAUGUCAGUUUCUACUAGUGCAUAGAAUAUUCACACAACUUACAGGUAUGAAGCAGUGUGAUGUCUCAGACAAUUGAGAAGUGUGGUGGACUGUGGGCGUAAUUGGCUUUACGCCCUUUCUCAGGCA